AUGGAUACGUGGAAUAAGCAGGUUGGCGAGAGGACGCCUGAACCGUCAAGGAAUCCGUCGCCAGACCGGCUGCAGCAACGCUUAAACAGGAUUUUUGACGAAUCAAGGACGAACAACAACCAGAUACUGAGAGGUCAACAAGAGUCAACAUGGUCUGCUCGUGCUGCCUCGCACACAUCUCGCGAAGUUGGACGGUCUCUACCCAGCUCACCUACGAAACCGACACGGCUACGGCCUCACGAGGAGCGACUUGAUUGUUCUUCACAGAACACUGCAGGACGACACCGUCGAUCUAGAACCGACCUUUCAGGGCUUUGGAAUGGGCCAGCAUUCCCUAUAGAUGGAAUGAAAACAGCCAGCCACUAUACUGACACGGACCCAUCUAAGCUAGAGGACGUGGAUCUGGGCGCCUCAACGGAGAAAGCCAACGAGCCUAAAUCUAACUGCACAAGUCGACUUUUCUCUGGGCUGUUCCAGGGGGAAUCUCCUUCUAUGCGAUUGGGCCUAAUUUCUUCCCCACGCCCGGAUAGGGGAGUUGACGACGUGAUGCAUGACGCUUCGCCGUCGACCGAUCGAUCGAGCCAUACCUCAUCACCGUCACCGACCAAGCUGUCCAUAAAUAUGAACGUCCCGGCCUCGCUGAGGCAGGUUGCUUCAGGAAACCCUUUCUCUUUUUUUACGUCAAAAUCCCAGCAAGUCCAAAAAGAGCCACUCCCAGAACCUGCCGAUGACAAGCUGCUAAACCUUGAUAUUAAAUCCAUAUUAAACAACCCGUCUUUUGCCGAACUAUCUCCCGAAGAAGCCAUCCAUUCCUUCCGAGCCAACGCCGAAAACAUUUUACGCGAAUUCCAAGAAGCUUACAAGUUACGAACAUUUGCGUUACAUAGAGCAGUAGGGGAUAAAGAUGCGCAGGCAGACGAAUUGGAGGAUGCCCAAUCACGGAUUAAAAAUAUCAAGUCACAGCUUGAUGGGAUGGCAGCAAGGGUGCUUGAACAAGACAAAGCGUUGAAAGCUUUGACGGAGGAACUCAAAGCUGAGAGACAAAAGUACCAAGAUGAAAUCAAGGCUAAACAGCAACCAGAGGAUGCUGCUACGCCGACUCGGGACCUUCGAGAACACCAUUCGAAGAAGUCAAGCGGCGGCACAUUUACUAGCGAUUCUGGCUUUGAUUCCGGAGACGAGAGCGUUGCGGAAAGCGUGUUCUCACGGGAAAAUGACGAUGGCUCAUCAGUCAACACCCGGCUUUCCACUGUGUCCAUGACGAGCCCGUCGACUCCCCAACCAGCCCCGGCUGCAUCUGGAACAACGUCAAGACCAAGCACUCCGAAAGCUGCCCCGCCAGCACCGCAACGCGAGAGUGCAUAUGGAAGGGUUCUAAAGGGUAUAUCAUCAUCAACCCUCGGCUCGUCGUUUAACGCUUUAACAUCAUCGAGAUUAAAAUGCCCAGAUUGCCGCGCGAAUGGUUCAUCAGAUGCUUCAACGGUCACCAGUAUCCUAAGAGAAGAGAAUAGAUAUCUUAAAAAACGGAUAACAGAUCUUGAAAGUGCAGUUGAAGAAUGUAUUUCUCUUGUUGGAGGAUAG